GUCACUUGUCAAUCGCAGCCGUGAAUGACAACUGACAAUUGGUGCUUUAAAUUAAAAGUUGUGUUAUGAUAAAAAUGUGAUGAGCGAUGAGGUUUAUAAUUUAAUUUGAAGACUUAGCAUUAUAUACAGAUAAAUACUCAAAUGUUAAAAUAGUUGUACCUAAAAUGUUUCAAAUUUUAAGAUGUGAUACAUAAAUUUAUCAACUAGUAUAUUAAUAUGGAAAAGUAACAUGUAUUUUCCAGUGGGUUGGCCCAAAGUAAUAAAAAUACCCGAGUUGGGUAACUCCACAAUAAAACAUAUAACAUCAAAUAGAGACAGGAUAUUAUUUGCGAUUCUCACUGAUGACCGUUUAGGAAUAUGGUUCUGCAGGCCAUGUGUACCAAUAACUUUUCACCGCCGCUCACCAAUAUCCAUUCAAAAAUAUGGGACAAAUGUUAUUGCAGAAUGGAAACCAGAUUCAAGUAUGAUAGUUAUUGCAACAUCAGAAGGCCAUUUACUAUUUUAUAAAGUAGAAGUUGCUCCAGAUCAUAAAGGUUUUUAUCAUCAAACUGAUUCUCCUAAUCUAAAUCUUAGAAGGGACAGUGCAGAAUUAUUUAUAAAGGAAGCCAUUCCACCUCUGAAGUUGAUUUUGAAUGAAGAGAUAACUAUAUGGGAUGGCCAAAUCACUGGGGUCGUGUGUAUAACAAUGACGGAAUUAAUGAUAUCUACAACAAACAAUCAUGUUUUGAGGUAUCGUUGGGAUGGAACUCAAAAUCGGGAUUAUGCAUUAGAUUUGAGAAGAAUUCCGUUUUGCAUAAAUCAGCAAGUUGCCAAAGCAGUGCCCAUAGUUGAAGAGAAUAUUUAUAUUACAGAUAUUGAAUAUUCUCCUUUAGUUGGUGGGUUUUCUAUUGUUCUAAAUGAUGGAAGAGCAGCUUUUCUAACAGCUCCGUCAUUAAAAUUUGAUCCAAAUCAAGUGCAAGGGAUAUGGGCUCAAGGCAUAGAUAAUGCUACGUGUACCAAUAUUAACCAUAAGUUCCGUUUAAUAACAUUUGGUCGUUCAAAUUCAGAAUGCAUAGUAUAUAAUAUUGAUGAAAGUACAGGUGGAUUAGAAGUUUCACAUACUUGUGUUCUUAGUAGUAAGGACUAUCCCGGCGAUCCAGGCAGUAUUGAAAAAGUACGAUGGACACCAGAUGGUUGUGCAUUGGUUGUAUCUUGGUCUAAAGGAGGUAUAGCGCUUUGGUCAACUUUUGGAGCGCUUCUUAUGUGUUCUUUAGGGUGGGAUUAUGGUUUAAAUAUGGAUUUAGAUAAGUUAAAUCCUUUACAUGUUGCUUGUAUGGAAUUUUCUACUGAAGGUUAUCAGUUGUGGAUGGUAAGAAAACACUUUGUCCAAAAUGAUUCUGGAAAUGAAAAAUCUUAUACACCCCAUACAAGUUUAGUUCAAAUGGAUUUGGUUAAAAGUGCCUUGGCAGUUAAUCCAUGCAUGAGUCUUCAGAGCCAUUUAUAUCUACAAGGAGAAGACAAACUUUAUGUCAAUUCAGCAAACACAUUUAUUAAAGUUUUUUCUGAAAAGUCUAAAAAAGAAGAUAUCUUUGAAAAUACCAAUUCCUUAUCGACAACUCUAGAUGAAGGACGUCAGUGGCUUAUAAUUUCAGUUCCAUCCACAUAUUCUGCUACGAAUUGGCCAAUAAGAUACUCAGCUAUUGAUUCAGAAGGGCUGAAUAUAGCGAUAGCGGGGAGAACUGGACUAGCACAUUACUCAAUUUUAUCCAGAAAAUGGAAAUUAUUCGGCAAUGAAACGCAAGAAAAAGAUUUUAUUGUUGCAGGUGGAUUGUUAUGGUGGAAGGAAUAUAUGGUGAUGGGUUGUUACAGUAUUUUAGAUAAUGGAGAAGAAUUUAGGUUCUAUCCUCGCGAAUCAAAAUUAGACAAUAAGUUUGCAAAAAUAGUUAAAGUGCUUGCACCAGUUUUGCUCAUUAAUAUUUUACAGGAUCAGUUGAUUACUUUAGGAUCUAAUGCUCAAGUUUGUAUUUGGCAGUUACAAUUGAAUGAUAAUGUUGGAGAUGUGGAAUUAACGAAGACUCAAGUAGUAGAUAUAUCAGCCUUAGCAAUUCAUCCUGCUUGUAUAACUUCUGUAACUCUUACGUGUUUGCGUACUGAAACAGUAAGAGGCCAGCAUAAUAUGUUUGAAAGUAUUCUAAUAAACGUGAGUGGUCGCCUUCUAUUGGUUCAAAGAGAAAGUAGACAUGGCGAAAAAUAUGCUUGUUUGUUACCAACAGUUCUUGCUAGUUGCGUUGAAAACGUUUGGGUGCCAAGACGAAGAAAAUUGGAAAAGGCUCAUUUGACUGAAUCACUGUGGCUCUUUUGUGGAUCUCAUGGCAUGAGAGUUUGGCUACCAUUAUAUCCACGGGAUGGCGAUAAAACACACACUUUUAUGUCUAAAAGAAUAAUGCUGCCUUUCCAUCUAAGAAUUUAUCCAUUAGCAAUACUAUUUGAGGAUGCUAUUAUAUUAGGGGCUGAGAAUGAUACGGUUUUAUAUUCUUCAGAUUAUAAUUCACCAUUUUCAUUACCACUUUGUGUUUUACAAAGAACUAGCCAAGUUUAUUUACAUCAGAUAUUAAGGCAACUCAUACGGAGGAAUUUGGGAUAUCAUGCUUGGGAGAUAGCUAGAAGUUGUAUGGCUUUACCAUAUUUUCCUCAUUCUUUGGAAUUAUUGCUUCAUGAGGUUUUAGAAGAAGAAGCUACAAGUAAAGAACCAAUUCCAGAUGCUCAAUUACCUAGCAUACUUGAGUUUAUCAUGGAGUAUCCAGUAUACCUUCAAACAGUUGUGCAGUGCGCUAGGAAAACUGAAAUAGCUUUAUGGCCUUACCUUUUUUCUGUGGCUGGAAAGCCAAAAGAUCUUUUUCAAGAGUGUUUAAUUAAGGGAGAAUUGGAUACUGCUGCAUCAUAUUUAAUUAUUUUACAGAAUUUGGAAACGUCAAGUGUGAGUAGGCAAUAUGCGACUUUGCUAUUGAAUACAGCACUAGAUAAAUCAAAAUGGAGACUUGCUAAGGAUUUAGUCCGAUUUUUGAGAGCCAUAGAUCCAAAUGAUGUUGAAUCUGAAUCUCCACGGACGUCUUUUAUUUUACCUCCAAAAUUGGGAAUAGGUCAGACUACAGCAUCAGUUAGUCCAAAUGCUGAAGACUUGUCACUUAUUUUGGGCAAUGUCCAGGGUCCAAGAGUUAGAAGUUAUAGUACUACAAUUUCGCCGAAACUUGUAGAAAGAUCGAAUAGUACUUCGGGAAAUACUACUUCGGCAGUGGAGACUGAUAGGAAAAAAUCUGUGCCAAACUCUGUUGGGAACACGAAAUCUGAUAAGGUCCAAAAGAGUCAUACUUCGGAAGAAUUCUUUAUUGAUGUAAUAUUACAAAAACAUGCGAGACGUCUACUAUCUGCUCGUAGAUUGACCGAUUUGGGUUAUUUUGCAGCGUACCUUGAUUUUCAUCUAGUUACUUGGUUAAUAAAAGAAAGAGACCGUGCUGCCAGGAUAGAUGAUUUUGUAAAAACUUUAAAACAAGUGCACGAGGACUUUGAUUGGCCUUAUCCUACCUCAAAUUUUCCAUUUGUAAAAAAACAUUCAGAUCCUCAAUCACCUGUAGAAAAUCCUAUGAAUAAUUUGGAAGAUCAAUUAAAAACAUUACUUGUCAAUUAUCCCACAUCAUUUAGCCAUAUUGGGGACAGUGGCUACAUGUCACUCAAAGAUUUGCCUUAUACUGGACUUGUGACACCUCUUAAUGCUUUUGAUCAGACAAGUCAAAUAGCUGGAACAGAAUUGGAUGAACAAAGUUUGUGCGAAACUCAUACAGAUAGAAAAAAAAGUGAUACUGAGCACCAAACUAAGAACAUAUCGAUUACUGGUAACUUUGAAAAUAAUUAUAAUUUAGGUUUAAAAUCAACUGUAUUGAAUUCCAAUAGAGAUGAAUUUAUGAGUAAUGUCAGUUCUGUAUGGGGCGAAGACAGAGAUUUAGCUUCAAUUGGUACCGACAAUUGGGAGGUUCCGUCCACUAAAAUUUUAGAACAAUUUUCUAAUUUAGAUAAAGGAUCACAAAGGUCUGAAAUACAAUUAAGAUACCUUCUACAAUUAUUUAUGGAAGCCAAUUGUUUAGAAUGGUCAUUGGUGUUUUCAAUUAUAUUAAGAGAUGCAAUGGCUGUGUUACGCCUUAUAAAUGCUGCUAAAUCGCAUGAUCAACCAGCUGAAACUGUUUCUAGAUUGAGACAAGGUCUUCUUAUUAUUAAUUACUGGACUAAUACUGAAUGCUUGGGUUAUUCUACAUUCAUGUUAGCAAUUCAUAAUCAAAUAUCCGUCCUCACAAGAAUUUUGGAAUCUAAAAUUCAGCUGGAACAAAUUCAACAACAGGGAGUAACUGCAGCAAAUGUAAAAUCCCCUAAACCGAGUCGCUCACGGAAAUCAAGCUCUAAUCAAGAUUCUAGCAAUACUCAAUUAGUAGUUAAGGAAAAAUCUUCUUUAGUUAAUACCCUUCAAAAGGAUAAUUUAAAUGAAAAUAACUCUGGAAAAGGAAAAACGUCUGAAGAAGAAACUGUAACAGAUAUACACCUUAUACCUAAAAAUACAGGAUGUCUCGUUUCAUAACGUUUUUCUCAGAACACUUUAAUUCAUAUUUUUUAUAAAGGUGUACAAUAAAAGGUAACAGAUUUUUACAUCAUAGCUACGAUUUAUAUGGGUUUUAAUAAAAAUUUAAUAAUUUAUAAAUAAAAAUUAAUUUGCAUAUAUAUAAGACUAACGUUCUUCUUAAAUUGUCAUAUUCUAUGGUGUACUGGUAAUACUUUUUAUAUGUUAAAUUGACAAUACAUAUUUCAGAGAAAA